GUAAUGAUUUCUUAGAAGACUCUCCAUAUGAACCCGUGAACAGCCGUCUGUCUGAUAUUUUCCGUCUGGCUCCCAUCAUAGAGGGUGGGGAACCUUGGAGCACCUCUGCCACUUCGGCUCUGGGCAGGGGGGGCACCCAGGGCAGGUUUUCCCAGGGCAGAGAGCCUGCUCUGGGCAGAGGGAGCCCUUCCUCCACGGAACUUCAGGAUCCCAGUAGAAACAGGAGAGCUCAUCCCAAUUGGGCCAUUCUGGGUGAACCUGCAGUGGCCAGAGAGAACAACUGUCUCAAUGCUGCUAAGGCCUGCAACCUGAACGACACGUGUAAGAAGUACCGCUCGGCCUACAUCAGCCCCUGUACCAGCCGCGUCUCCACAGCUGAAGUCUGCAACAAGAGGAAGUGCCACAAGGCCCUGCGGCAGUUCUUUGACAAGGUUCCUCCCAAGCACAGUUACGGCAUGCUAUUCUGCUCAUGCCCGCUCAGCGACCAAACGGCAUGCUCUGAAAGGAGACGUCAAACCAUCGUUCCUGUCUGCUCGUAUGAAGAGAAACAGAAACCCAACUGUCUGGAGCUGCAGGCAUCCUGCAAGACCAACUACAUCUGCAAGUCACGACUCGCUGACUUCUUUGUCAACUGCCAGCCGGAGCCCCGCUCGCUGUCAGGCUGCCUGAAGGAGAACUAUGCAGACUGCCUCCUCGCCUACUCGGGUCUGAUUGGUACUGUCAUGACUCCCAACUACCUGCGCUCACCCAAAAUCAGUGUCUCUCCCUACUGCGACUGCAGCAACAGCGGCAACAAUAAGGAUGAGUGUGACAAAUUCACUGAGUUCUUCACAGAGAACACCUGCCUACGUAACGCCAUCCAGGCCUUCGGGAAUGGAACUGAUGUCGGGGUGUGGCAGCCCAUGUCCCCCGUCCAGACCACCACCUCCAUCACCACCCCCUACCAAAGAAACCGUGAACGCAACCCCAACACCAUUGACAACCACAUUAACACAGACCCUGCAAUCUAUCACUUCUGCGGCAGCCUACAGGCUCAGAAAUCGCAGUCAAACUCGAGUGCUGAUGGCGUCAUCUGUGUGGACCCUCAGAUAGAUGGUCCAAGUACCUCCAACGCCAUCCUGAGAAACUCGGCUGCCUCCAGACGGCCUGAGGGCCUGGCCUCUCUGCUGCCCCCGCUGUUCUGGCUGUGGUACUGCAGCCUGCCGGUGCUUUCCUGGCAAGGCAAUUUGUAGCUGCGUCACUUCCCAGCAACAAACAGACUGACAAACACAUUUGUAUAAAAGAAGAAGACAAACAAGGAAUUAUAUCCUUUCUUUUCAGUUAGACCUGUUGUACUUUUUUCUCUUGGAUUCUGUCUUUUAAUUCCUGCUUUGAUUUGUUUUGUUUUUUUAAUGAAUUUUUGAAAAGCUUUGUUGUUUCUUUCUUCUCUUUUUUUUUUUUUUUUUUUUAGCAUUGCUGCUGUGUGCUAAAACAGUGAUCUGCUAUACAUGUUAAUUCAAGUUUUGACUGUGUGCUCAUGUUGGGUUAGUCGGAGAAAGAGGUGAUUUGAAACGGCUUCGUACCCCGCUCACUUGGGCAGAGAUGAGAAAAUACUGGAGGACUACAUUCCAAUAAACCACAGCGUGUGACUCUUGGAACGCAAUGUAAACGAACAUCAAUUUUCAGAGUUGUCUGAUCAGUUUUCACCCAUGUCUGUUUGUGUGUUGAGGCUAUAGGUGGGAUCUUUCGCUUAAAAGUCACAGUGAGUUCAGUAAUGGCUACAUAUUAUCACUUGGGCAGCCUUUUAGGUGUUACUCCAUCUCCUCUGUGGUUUGUGUCUGUUUUGAUAAUGGCGUGAUCUGGUAUUUUACAUUUUUAUGAGCUGAAUCAAAUGUCACUUGACGAAAAAAAGUCAUUUUCUUUUUUUAGGACAAAAUACAUUAACUUAAAACAUCAGAGAAGUUUAGCGCCCAAACUGUUUUUAUUGUAGCUCAUACUGAACACAGAUUGCCGCUGGCAGAAGCACACAGGCAAAGUCCCACAAACACUUGAUGCACAUUUUCACACAGUCAGACAGAAACACACAGCAACACACUCGGUCCGAGGCUUUCGGCUCCCUUUCUUCACUUUAUAAAACGGCGUGUUGCUCAGCGAUCACAGGUCGGGACGCUGCUGUGGACGGCUGAAUCCACUCCACUCGUUAGUGAUUGUACAUACUUGCAAUUGUCCAAACCAUGUUUAAUGUUUCUUUUGGAGAAGGUAAGAGAGAAGCUGCUAAAGUUUUACCUGAAUUUUCCUUUUUGCUUAGAUGAACGCCACUGCAUCGAGCCCACAAAAACCAGAGCUGACAAAAAGCAGGCUUGCUGCUGUAGAGUGUAAUCAGCACUAACUCAUGCAUCCAUCAGUACAUCGUCUUCUGUCACUUCUGUGUUACAACUUAUUGCCUCAAUUGUAAAACUGUCAAAGCAUGUUCAGAGAGGAAAUGUUAAAUUUAAGCUGACCAUUUGCUAAACCCCAUAAGCCGUAGUCACUGUUGCUAAUUAAUUCCAGUAUGGUGAGUUUCAAAUGACAUAAAAGAGGCAGAAUUUCCUCUUCAUUUUAAGUAGCAAAGAUCUGUCACAGAUACUUUAUAAUCUCUAACUAACAAGCUUAUUUACAUAAUUAACAUUUACUGGUUAGAGAACGAGAACCUCAAAUGAGGGUUUUUGUUGUACAUUUGCAGGCUACACGCCAACUCUGCUUCCUAAUAUAAGCUGUGCUGUUUGCCUGAAAUAUGCUAGAUGUUUGCUAGCCUUCACCUCAGCUAAUUCAGGUCACUGAACUUGACCCCUCGGCCAUAUUCUUGGUGGUGUUACCUUUUGGAGCAUUUCUAGUGUGAUCACUUAUUAAAUAAGAUUCCUGUGUGGUUAAUUUGGCCAAUAGUCUGUCCACUAACUCUGUGCUCCAGUUUUAAUAAGGGAAGCUCUCAUCUUUUAGUUGUAUAUUACUUGAAUAUUAUCAACAGGUAUAUGUGUCUGUGCAGUGUGACAGUUCAGUCUGUGGGUGCACCUUCCUAAGAAAACUUGUUAGUGUUAGCUAACAGCUUAGCACUUGACUCUGUGGUCCUAAUCUGUCAUUUCUAGUUCCAAAAACAAACAAAUAAAUAACAAGAAAGUAUCCAAAGUUCAGUACAAGCUGCUUUAAAACAAGACGCACACACAAUAGACAGCCUAUUGUGGUUCCAGGGAAACCGUGAGCAUGCAUUUAGCAGAUGUGGAAAUACAAAUUAUUUUGUUCUAAUAUGUCAUCAUUAGAAACUUGGAAAACUAGAAACAGUUUUGAGAAUGAGAGCUAACUUUGGUAAAUGUUCCGUGGAUGAUGCUCCUGAGGGCAAAGAGUCCUGAUCUGACAGUGUUAGUUGUUAAUAACCUGAUAAUUUUCUAAUUUGAAUUAUAAAGAAUAUCAACUUAAGAGUUGAUUUAGGUAUUUGAAAUGGAACAUUAGAGUCAAGAGAUGAUGCCACCCUUCCUACUUUUCAAAUAUUGUUAAAUUGCUCUUUGUGACGAACACCACUUUGCCAUGUUGAACAGACUUCAAAGCUUGACACCUUAAGCACAGGCAGGAGUUUAGCAAAUGGUUACUUUUGUCUUCUGAUCUAUAUGGAAAUCAUUAAUGGUUUUGUGCGUCUACUUUGGAUGACUACUGGAAAAAUUUAAAAAAGGAAAAACACGGCAUUGUGGCAUCAUUUUUCCAGCUUUUCCAUUGGAGGCAAAUAAAAUCUUAGCUUUUAAUUUUGACAGAUUUCUCUGUGAUCGGGAUACUUACACACAUCUCUGUGGCAUGUUCAGCACUAGCCACUGACAAGAUACUCAUCACUCGCUGCUUAGGUUUAUGUCGCUUCUCAAAACACAACUAAUGUAUAGUAGAACUUUAAUGUUAUUUACCGAGCAUAAACAUGGUAUAUGCACUGUAUGUACUUGGCUGAAACUAUGAAUUGGACAAAUAAAUGUCUGAUAAUAUUCUAUUUCAGAGCAUUGUGAGCUAUUUUGACAUUCAGAUACAACAUAGAGUACAUUGAAUAAGCCAGAAUAUUGUUUUUUAUAACAACUUAAAUGUAUAUUUCUCUCAGUAUGUACAUGAUUAUGGAAUAUUAUUGCAUCUGAGGCAGAGGAUAUCAUUAUCACUCUCUUACUGUACCUUAAAAACCGCUGUAUUUCCUAAGCAUACUGUUUUGUACCAUAGCCCCAUUUAUGACGUUGCUAAAAUGCAGUGUUGACAGGUUUUUCUUUGUUUGUUUGUUGUUUGGAUAAAAAUUACACUUAUUUUUCUAUCUUUUACUAAUUUGUGCUCUUUUGAUGAGUUGAAGUUAAUGAGAUGGACCUGCUAAAGAUUUAAAUGGUUCUUUUCUAUGCUGAAGUUAAGGAACACAGAAAACUCAUUGCAUGGUGUUAGAAAUCAAUAUUUAAGGACAAAUAUAUUCCGGACCAUGCUUUGGAAGGAUUUUUUUAUGGUGUGUUUGAAGAUGGUUGGGGACGUGGGAUGAUUCCCACAAACUGAAUGUCUGUUUGGAUGGAAAGUUAAAGAUAAAUCUUAUUAGUUGUUGUUUUACAAAAAGCCCUGCCUAGGACUGAUUGCAUUUCUAAGAACUGUGUCUUAGAGUAUGUGUGAUCAUUUUAUAUUUGAAUCCCAGAGCCAUGUCUUCGUGGUCUUUGGAAUAUGAGAGUGACUCAGUGCUUUCUGAUCACAGAAGGCCUCAAAACUGGGGACACUUCCUCACAAUGAAAGGAUCCCCACUUUUGGACCAAACAAACAGUAGAGAUGGUAAAAAUAUUUGCUGUCCUUCACAGUCCCAUUUGUUCUUUUGAAAUACCAGAAAUACCAGCUUUUUUUGAUUUUGAGUUUGCAGACUCCCUUAGCUAUGUGGCAUCAUCAACUUCUUAGCUUGUGAAAAUGUAAAAUCUGUUGUACAAAAAGUUAUAAUUAAAAACUGUUAAAUCACCCAGA